AUGGCCUCCCGCAACGCGCAGGAGCUCGCCGAACACGUGCUGUCGCUCUACGACGUGAGCUCCGACCGCGACGCCACGAUCGCCCAGUACUACCUGCCCGACGCUGUGUUCACGGACCCCCUCGUGUCGGUGCGCGGCGUCGCUAACAUCCAAGCGCAGUUCCGCGUCCUGUCGACGUUCGUCCGCUCGAGCAAAGCGACGCUCGUGCGCGGCUCGAUGGCCGGCGCGUCGGUGCUGACGAUCGACAGCUCGAUGGUGUACCGGCUCAAGCCCUUCCCCAGCCUCAUGCAGGUCGCGCUGCGCGUGUUUUCCGUGCUCGAGCUCCAGAACGGGCGCAUUGCGUCGCACACGGACCACUACGACUUUUACUCGGUGCUGACCAAUGUGCCCUUUGUGGCGUUCUUCUACAGCCACUUCCGACCGGCGUUCGGGGCCGCGAGCUCGGCCGUGAUCAGGCGGCUCGUGCCGUCGCAGACGAAGCGGAUCGCGGCGGGGAAGCGCGAGGAACCGGCCACGGAGAGCGAUGGCGCCGUCGCAGCGGUGACGGCGACGUAG